UGAUGCCUCAGUAGUUCCACCGUGGUCCGUGUGUUAGGUACAGUUUAAUUGUUUAAUCCGCUCAGCCGUUUGGCGGAGAUUCAUUGACAUCUUGAGAUCUAGUGCCUACCCACCCAUUGGUUCCUCCCGUGUUCCAGAAAUGAAAAUAAUUAAAUAACAUUGACUCGCAUUAUAUAAACCUCGCUACGAAUAUAUUCAUGAAGAUAACCUACGUCUGUAUAUCGCUGUACGUGUGUGCGUGUAAGACUCAUUGCAUUCCGGUUUUGGAAUGAUAUCCAAACAACAAAAGUGCCAUAUAUAUACUCGCACUCGUAUAAACGUCGCUACGUCAGUGUCAAUCCCACAGAAAAAAACCCCGAAAUACAUCAGUAAAUAAAAACUAAAUAAUUAAAACAUACUACUACGCACAUCUGUAUGCACGAAUGAACAAUCAGUAGUACAUACAUACAUAUAUGUGCAUAUUAUAACAUCAGUUUCACUGUUUUGAUAGACGAGACUCAAAACUAACUUGCAAAAUGCUUGAAUUACCAGGUCGUGUAUUAGGAUGGUUCCAGUUAUGUUUUGUGUUUGCUGGCAUGUGUCUAGCGCAGCAGCAAUAUCCUCAGCUAUCAGUCGGCAUUCCCCUGGAGGCGUUGACCGCACCGACAGCCUUUGAGCAGAAAACCAGCCAUAUCCAGUCGCUGCAGACCAACUUUGAUGCAGAUUUGCUUCGCACUAUUUCCCAAGGCGCCCAGGAGUUUGGCCUCGAUCUCCUGCAGCGUAUAUCUGUGGAGGUGCAGAAAUCCAACACGGACUUUAUGAUAUCACCAUUUUCCGUAUGGUCGUUGCUUAUCCUGCUGUACGAGGGCGCCAGCGGAACCACCUACGACCAGCUGCGCCGGGCCCUGCGCAUCAAUGUCGAGGAUGAGAAGCUGCGCGCUGUCUAUCAAGUGUGGAGCACGUACCUGAACACCAAAACGUCCACCAUUGAAGUGGCCUCGCUCCAGGCCGUUUACACCGAUCACAGUUUGCCCGUGAAGAGCGCCUACCGGGAUGUCGUGAAGAACUACAACGUACAGCCCGUGGAGGUGGACUUUUACAGCCCCAAUACGGUGCACCAAAUCAAUGAGGCCUCGAACCGCACAACGCGCGGUCUCAUUCCGUACACGGUGCUGCCCCAGGACAUCUACGGAGCCAAGAUGUUCCUGCUGUCUUCGCUGUUCUUCAAGGGCCAGUGGAAGUUCCCCUUCAAUCAAUCAGAGACGCGAAUGGAGCCGUUCUACAAUGAGAACGACGAGGUCAUCACCAACAUACCCAUGAUGGUGCAGGAGGCGAACUUUGCAUACGCCACAAAUAUCGAGGGCUUGGACGGCUACGUACUGGAGCUGCCGUAUGGAGCUCAGGACAGGCUCGCGAUGAUAGUUAUCCUGCCGAAGCGCGGCUUCAAGCUAAACGACGUGGCAAACAACCUGAAGGCGUUGGGUCUGUCGCCCAUCUUGAAGCGUCUGGCAGACUUCAGUAAAACAUCGUCGGAGGACAACCAGGUGGAAGUGCUAAUGCCAAAGUUCACAACCACGACGGACUUUACCCUGAAGGGAGUCCUAGGGCAGAUGGGCAUACGCGAUCUGUUCGAUGAGAAUAGCGCAAACUUGAGCCGAAUGUCGUCUGGAUUGUUCGCGAAAAUCUGCAUUCAUUCAACCAAAAUCAUUGUGGACGAGCAGGGUACAACUGCCGGGGCCGUGACUGCAGCUGUGCUCGCCAACAAAGCGACGCCGCCAAAGUUCCAGCUGAACAAACCAUUCCAAUACAUGAUCGUGGAGAAGUCCACCAAUCUGAUGCUCUUUGCCGGCCAAGUGCGCAACCCUAAGGCGAUUUAGACUUAAGCGAGAUUUUAUUGACAUCUUACAGAAACCGAAACAGAAAUCCUGCGUUAAGGCAA